AAGCAUCUUUUAACUUACUUGACUUAUCUUAAUUUUUCAUUUACUGGUAUUAGGAAUUUUAUAUAAUUUAAUUAUCGUGCGGUAAAUUAAUGGGAUUUCGGUGAUCUUAAUUUUAUAAGAAACUAUGUCUAAACGUAAUGUAACAUACCUUAAGCCCCAAGAUCCUAGUUUUUUGGCUAAAUUGAAGCAGCAAAUCGGUUAUAAAGAAGGACCCACUAUAGAAACAAAGCGUCAAAAAUUGGACGAUUUGUCAUCAGAAUCCCAUUCAAAAGAAUAUAGACCAGAGCGCGAAGACGAGAAACCCCAAAUUGUCGUAUUGCAGAGCGGCGAUUUAACUGCAGAAGAAGUGGCUAUUGAAGAGGAACGUUUGGCUAAAGAGUUAGCAGAAGCACCAGCGGAUCUCAGUCAGCCUAUUACAUUUCGUCGCGGCAAACCUAAAGAAAAUUGUAAAACAAAAAGUGAAGCAUCUUCAGUUUGUAGCAAACAACAAAGUAGCCAAGCAAAGAGCACAGUUAAGAAAAGUAAAAAGUCCAGUAAUACGGGUAAAUUGUCCUUUAACGUUGAUGACGAAGAAUAAAACUUUUAUCUACAAUUAAAUAACGC